AGUGCGGCGUGGCUACGUGACUCUCACACGAACAAGCGCGCGCGCACGCACGAACACGGAACGUGUACGCACAUGCAGUUCCCUUUUCUUCUGAGUGUGAGUGUGGUAAGACUGGAGUGGAGGUGGGUUGGGCCCUCUCGCAGUGUUGAAAUAACAGAAACUCACAAAAUAAGGAAACAAAAAGCAGCCAAGUGAUUUUAGAAGCUCCUAAAUGUGUGACCGCUCCUGUGUUUGCAUGGCAGUAAGUUUUGCUCACAAUGGUUCAGCCGAUGCUUGACGGGCUCCGGCGGAGGCAUGCCUCCAGGCAGUCGCCCCGGCCCCUGUCCCUCAACUUCAGCACCUUCUCUGCGCCGCCGCCCAGCCCGGACCUGGACGGCACCAGCGACCAUCCCAUCAGGAGGACUCUGCACCGGCUGAAGUUGAUGAGCUCCCCCAGCCUCAGCGAGCUGGGCAAGAGCGAGAAGAGUUCCCCAGAGGAGAGAGGGGAGAAGCAGAAGCGGGCCGGGGCCAACGCCACCUGGAACAGCAUCCACAACGCUGUCAUAGCGGUCUUCCAGAAGAAGGGUUUGGCAGACAACGAGCUCUACGUCCUGAAUGAAGGCGUCCGACACUUGUUGAAGACUGAACUGGGGUCCUUCUUCACAGAAUACCUCCAGGUAACGCACCUUUUAUAUGAAACGCACAGAACCUCCGUCAGGUACGUGAAAACCAGUUGCUGCGCGACUCGGGAAUAUUGUUUGUGCAGCGUCAUGCAGAACAUGACACUCGGCUCUGCAGCGACAGCGCCUCACAAAUCCAUAAUUACUGUUUUCUCCCUCCAGAACCAGUUGCUGACAAAGGGCAUGGUCAUCCUACGGGACAAAAUCAGGUUCUACGAAGGUCAAAAGUUGCUUGACUCUCUGGCAGAGACAUGGGACUUCUUCUUCUGUGAUGUCCUGUCAAUGCUGCAGGCCAUCUUUCAUCCAGUUCAGGGUAAGGAGCCUUCUGUCCGGCAGCUGGCUCUGCUUCACUUCAGGAACACCAUAGUCUUGAGUGUAAAGUUAGAGGACGCCUUGUCGCGACCACGGGCUCGCGUGCCCCCCUCCGUUACACAGAUGCUGCUUAUUCUACAGGGGGUCCAUGAGCCACGCGGCGUGAAUGAGGACUACCUGAGGCUGGAGUCUCUGGUUCAGAAGGUGGUCUCUCCCUACCUGGGUACUCACGGGUUUUAUUCUGGAGACGGCACGGAGGGCCAUUGCUGCGUUCUGGAGAAGCGUUUACAGUGGGGCUGGCCCAAGUGUGCUGACCAGCCAUCGAAAAACCCUGUCGUACGAUCCAAAAGCUACAAUAUCCCUCUGCUGCUGACCCCGGUGGCUGAGUAUGACCCAGAUGCCAGCUCUGUAGGCAGUGGUGGAAUUCGGCGCCACUCGGCCUGCGAGAUUAUAUCAUGUCUGGAGGAACAAGGACUAGCUUACGUUGACCUGGCCCCAGGAUCUGAAUUAUCUGGCCCCUCCUCCAACAGGCUGUGUGUGGGCUCUCAGUUUAAUGGCAUGGGACAAGCAGGAGCCCUGCAUGGCACUGAGGCCACGAUGACAAUGACUGAUCUCAGUAAGGGUGCGUCCUCCACACCGCCCAGCGAAUCAUCCAGCCCUGAAACCAUAAUUGGACAAGUGCUAGAGUCUGCAGACUCCGACUCAGAUGGGAUAUUUAUCGAUUUCCCACCUCACUCCUCGGAGGCUAAGGGGUACAGCCGGGAGAGCAGGCAGAGCACUGUGUAGCUGUGGUUGCCUUGGAACGCACACCACUAAUGUGUACGGAAACAUUCUGGGAUACAGAUCAAAGAAAUCUUAUAACAAAAUUCCAUUCAGUGGGUACCAACAUACUUUUUUACUGUAGUACGAUGAGCUUCUGUAACACCAUUUCAAGUGCUUUCCGUAGUGAAUGAAACCAUAUGAUUCUAACAUGUAAAGGGGAAACAUUCAUACUGCUGCUGUAUUAACACUUCUGAAAAUCAGUACAUCCACAAUUUAGUGUUUAGCAUGACAGUUUGGCUCGGUGGCUCAAUGUGUAGAGCAUUGGAGUGGGAUGAAGUAGACACAGGCUCAAAUCUGUAUAUUGAAAAAAAAAAACUGCAACAUGCUGUAGUUAUGGCAGCGAAUUCAGCAUUUCUUUUAGCGUUUAGCUUUAAUUAAAUUCAGCUUCAAUUUUCUGACCCCUUUUUAAAAUCUUCCAUAUAAACCAGUUGGUUUAGACUGGUUAUGUUUGACAAAUGGGUCACAUCGUCCUUCAGCUGUUAAAAAGGCAAAAACCAAAGUUAUGAGGUUUUCACAACUGCAGCACAAAUGGGAAAAUAUUAGCAACUUUACAGAUUCAUUGCGUCCUUCAUUUCUUUUUCUGUUUACGCUGUUGUCUUGUGUUUGGCAGCAACAAAAUAAUGAGGUUUCCUGCAUUGUUUUUUCUAUAACACCUUAUAAACCAGUAGAUAUGGGCUGUUUUUUUCAUGGUUCUGAUGCAAAUGUCUAUUCUUAGAGAAAACAUCUGUGUGUCAGCGUUUGCUUUUUCCUGCAUUAGCUCUGUACAGCAGGUGUUUGAGGAAUACGCCAAUGUUUAUUGUUUACAUUCGACAAAGACAUGAAUAUUUUGAGUGAAUGUUGUCUCACACACUGUAUUUUGCACCACCAUUACCUUGUAAAUAAAAAUGUAUUGUGGGUUUUUAGGACAGCUAAAUAGUGUAAAGUGAGCUUUUACCUUCAAAUGAAUUGAGAUUUAAAUAAGGGCUUUUUAAUGAAUCUUUUUUAAAUGAUGUUUUACCUCAAGUUUUGUACUUUACUUUUUCUGACAAUCUAUGAUGUCGAUGGGGUUGUACUUUGUAUUCAUUUGUUAUACUAGCCCAGUAAAAAACAAAUAAAUUUGAGUAAUAUUUAAAAGA